AGAAGAUGGUUUCAAUUGAAUCGCAAUCUCUGGCGCCGGUGUCCUGCGCACAGGCUCUGCUUGGUGUGGGCUGUUCGGCGGUCGCCCUCCUCGCUUUUCUGCUAGUUCGCCAGCUCGUGAAGCAGAGAAGACCCCCGGGCUUUCCUCCUGGUCCCUCAACCAUCCCAGUGAUAGGGAACAUUAUGUCUCUGGCCACCGAGCCGCACGUCUUCCUCAAGAAGCAGAGCGAAGUGCACGGACAGAUUUUCAGUCUUGACCUGGGAGGCAUCCUGACGGUGGUGUUAACUGGAUAUGACUGUGUCAAGGAAUGCCUCUACCAUCAAAGCGAGGUGUUCGCUGAUCGCCCAUCGCUGCCUUUAUUCAUGAAAAUGACCAAAAUGGGUGGGCUUCUCAAUUGUAAAUUUGGCAAAGGCUGGAUUGAACACCGUAAACUGGCGUGCAACUCUUUCCGUUACUUCGGAAGCGGCCAGAAACAGUUCGAGAGGAAGAUCUCAGAGGAGUGCAUGUUCUUUGUCGAUGCCAUUGACGAACACAAGGGAAAGCCCUUCAACCCCAAACACCUGGUAACCAACGCUGUGUCCAACAUCACCAACCUGAUCAUUUUUGGACAGCGCUUCACUUACGACGACCGCAACUUCCAGCACAUGAUCGAGCUAUUCAGUGAGAAUGUGGAGCUAGCAGUGAGCGCCUGGGCCCUCCUCUACAACGCUUUCCCUUGGAUUGAGUAUGUGCCCUUUGGGAAACACCAGAAGCUGUUCCGCAAUGCUGCUGAGGUGUAUGACUUCUUGCAGAAGGUUAUAAAGGGUUUUUCCCAGGGCAGGGUGCCACACGCACCUCGCCACUAUGUUGAUGCCUAUUUGGAUGAGUUGGAGCGGAGCGCAGGAGGGCCCGACUCCUCUUUUUCAAAUGACAACCUCAUCUACUCAGUGGGUGAGCUCAUUAUUGCUGGCACAGAGACCACGACUAACACCCUGCGCUGGGCCAUGCUGUACAUGGCUCUCUACCCCAACAUACAAGAGAGGGUGCACAGGGAGAUCGACAGCGUGCUGGCCAAUGAGAGGGCACCCACUUGGGAGGACAAACAGAAGAUGCCCUAUGUGGAGGCUGUUCUGCACGAGAUCCUACGCUUCUGCAACAUCGUUCCCCUUGGUAUUUUCCGUGCCACCUCCCAGGAUGCAAAAGUCAAUGGUUACUCAAUUCCCAAAGGCACCAUGGUGAUCACAAACCUCUACUCAGUGCACUUUGACGAGAAGUACUGGAACGAUCCAGGUGCUUUCUCACCACAGAGGUUUCUGGACAGCAAUGGCAACUUUGUGAAGCGGGAGGCCUUCCUGCCAUUCUCCUUGGGGAGGCGGUGCUGUCUGGGCGAACAGCUGGCCAGGAUGGAGAUGUUCCUCUUCUUCACCACUUUGCUGCAGAGGUUUCAUCUUCAGUUUCCUCCAGGAAGCAUCCCAACUGUCACUCCCAAACUGGGCAUGACAUUACAGCCCAAACCUUACUCCAUCUGUGCUAUCCGCAGGCAGCAGAAAAGUCCCUACUUUGGAGACACUCCUUAUCACAAUUAG